AUGCGCUGGCCUUGGGGAGCUGAACGGAUUGUUCGGAUACUGCGAUUUCGCGGAGAUAUCCUGGACGGUCUGGUCUCGCCCAGCUUUUACCGCACCGGGGCAUGGACCAUCCGGGCCACGAUCCCCCUAGUACUCCAGCCGUUGAUGCUGGUGGCCGAGCCCGCGAAUGUCAAGGCAGUGCUUUCAACCAGCUUCGCCGACUGGGGAGUCGGACCUCGCCGGCUGAAGCAAUUUGGACCCUUUCUGGGGCUGGGAAUCUUCACAGCCGACGGUCAUUCAUGGUCGUCUGCGCGCGGGAUCCUACGGCCUGUCUUCUCGCGCCACCAGGUGUCCGAUCUCGAAUUCACCAGCCGCCAUGUCGACCGGCUGCUGGACUGCCUUGGCGGCAGCGAAGACGCGACGCCAGCUGAAGCUUGGACGGAGUGGGUAGAUGCGAUGCCCCUGAUCUACCGGUUCACUAUGGACGCGGCUACUGAGUUCCUCUUUGGAGAGAGCGUUGAUAGCCAGCUUCGACCCGGCAGCGCAUCGGAUCGUCGCAAUGCCUUUGAACAGGCGUUUGAGGCCUCGUCUCUAGGCGUCGGUGACCGCAUGCGUCUAGGUUCCUUCUACUGGAUCCUAAACCACGCGGGAUUCCGUCGUGCCUGUCAACUCUGCCGCACCUAUGUGACCGGCUUCGUGGACCGUACUCUUGGCCUGCCCUAUGAGAAGGAGAAGAAGUCUCAGCGCGGGCUCUUCCUGCGUCAGCUAUCCGAGUUAACGCAGGACCGCGUGCUCAUUCGCGACCAGCUACUCCAACUGCUUUUCGCUGGCCGCGACACCACAGCCACGCUAAUUUCAUUUGCUCUGCUAUCUCUGGCUCGCGAUCCCGCUGCCUGGUCCAAGCUGCGCGCCGAAGUCCUCGCCCACUCCGCCAACUCCCUAUCAUUUGAGUCUCUGAAGUCUUGUUCUUACCUGCAGGCAGUUCUUUCGGAAACGCUGCGUCUCUAUCCGCCCAUCCCCAUCAACACACGCCAGGCCUUGCGCGACACCGUUUUGCCCGUCGGUGGUGGCCCGCACGGCGACCAUCCCGUGGCCGUUCCCAAGGGCACAACACUCACGUAUAGUGUCUACGUGAUGCAUCGGCGCACCGAUAUCUGGGGCGAGAACGCAGCCGAGUGGUGCCCGGACAGAUGGCAGGGACUGAAGGGCGGAUUUCACUACCUGCCCUUCAACGCAGGCCCACGACAUUGUCCUGGCCAGCAAUUUGCUCUCACGGAAGCAGCAUAUACCCUAGCGCGUCUAGCCAAGUCCUUUGACAGAAUCGAGUGUCCUGAUCCGACGCAGCCGAUCCAGAAGACACUCGGCAUCACGGUGCAACCAACCCAAGGGGUCAAAGUGAGAUUCCGCAGAGCGUAA